AUGCGCCACGAACCUGACGCAGUUGCUAGAUGCACGCAAUCAAUAGCCAUGGCACACUACUUUUUCUACGUCCCCACGAUUGCCAUCGACUGGUGCGCGCACGUUGUCCGCGCUGUUGGCCGAGAAGCUCCGAUCGCGCGCGCGUGGGGAAAAGCAACACUGGGACGUGACUCGAUGCACCACGCACAAACAGAGUGA